UAACACAGAUCUAUAUCUGUCAAACGACGGCAAAAGUACGUUUCUCCGUGUCACUUUGCUGUUGUCGAUAAAUACGAUGCAUAAAUUGAACAAAACAGAUUCUUGUUGUUCAUUAUGAAAACUUGACCCGUUUCAAUAUUCAUAUCUUCAAAUGGAGAGUUGGGGAUUCGUUACAUACACCAAAGAAUAGUGAAAACGUUACAAGCACAUCCAUUAAAAUGUCGAAGAAUGGUGAAGUGUCAUCAAACCAAGGACCCAGCAGACCUAGUAUGCCAAAACCUGAUUUGAAUCUGUUCAGUACUGAAAAACGCAAAAUUUUGGAUCUUCAAAUCGGCGGGCCCUCGGGAGAUGAUGCGGCGUUCGUGCCUUUCGCGAACUCCGCCGCGGCGCCGAGACCUCGCAUACCGGCGCGCACCAUCAGAGAUGUGUUGCCUGAAAACACAAGGGAUAGAUGCAGGAUUUAUCCGUCCAUGCAGUCAUCGGGUAAGCUGCAGCUGUCUGCAACAGAAAUUUAUGAUUUUACCGCCGAUGACCUGAUUGAUCUGGGAGAAAUUGGACGAGGUGCCUUCGGAGCUGUAAAUAAGAUGGUUCAUAGGAAAACUAACCGUGUGAUGGCUGUGAAACGCAUCCGCUCCACCGUGGAUGAGAAGGAGCAGAAGCAAUUGCUUAUGGACCUGGAGGUGGUCAUGAAGAGCAAUGACUGUGUAUAUAUUGUGCAGUUCUAUGGAGCACUCUUCAAAGAGGGUGACUGUUGGAUUUGUAUGGAGCUGAUGGACACCUCUUUAGAUAAAUAUUAUAAGUUCAUAUGCGAACGGAUGCAAACUCGAAUACCAGAAACCAUUAUAGCUAAGAUAACCCUAGCUACCGUAAAAGCUUUAAAUUAUUUAAAAGAGAAGCUAAAAAUUAUUCAUAGGGAUGUAAAGCCAUCAAACAUCCUGCUGGACAGAAGGGGCAAUAUUAAGUUAUGUGACUUCGGUAUUUCGGGCAAGCUGGUGGACUCAAUAGCCCGGACUCGGGACGCCGGGUGCCGGCCGUACAUGGCGCCGGAGCGCAUCGACCCGGGGCGCGCGCGCGGCUACGACGUGCGCUCGGACGUGUGGUCGCUCGGCAUCACGCUCAUGGAGGUGGCCACCGGCGCCUUCCCCUACCCGCGCUGGGGCUCCGUGUUCGAGCAGCUGCAGCAGGUGGUGCAGGGCGACCCGCCGCGCCUCACCAACGCCAACAACGCCUUUUCCAACAACUUCGUGAAUUUCGUCAACACUUGCCUCAUCAAAGAAGAGAAUCAGCGUCCAAAAUACAACCGAUUGCUGGAACACCCAUUCAUCAAAGGCAUAGACCAGAGCCGGGCAGAUGUAGCGGCGCACGUCUGCGAAGUGCUGGACGCCAUGGAGCGGAACGGAGUCAGCCCCUUCACCACCGACCAGCCUGCACAGGCCUGGCUAGACUAAGGUGUUUCGAUCAGUGUUUACAGUCAGGGCUGAUGGUCGAAAAUGAUAUAUGUGUGUAAGCAUGUGCUGACAGUCCACAAGAACCAGAUUAUCUAUAGAGGCUUAACAGUCACACACAUGGGCUUGGCUGAUUAGGCAGCUGCCUAUUUGGCCAGUGUUGCGUGAGGGUCACAGGGCCCAAAUAUUGACCUAGCCAAGGGGAGACAAAAUUUACUUUACCUACAAGCCACUACUAAACUAUAUCUGGCUUUAGUUUGCAUCAAUCAGAACUGACAGUGAAUGCUACAAGGAAAACCAGCUAAAAAAUUGGUUGAUCCAGGCUUGCAACCCACCCACUCAAUUGUUCACAAUGUCUCACUUGCAAACUUACUCCUUCACGUCUGUUAGUAGCCAUACACUUCUGUAACAAUUAAGCAGUCAGAGUGGAUCACAUUUUCUCACCAAUUAAUAUUGAAUUGAAUGUCAUUGAGUCUCAGUGACUGGCUUACCUUUCAUGGCCAUAUUUGAGUUGCCCUUGCUAUGGGCAAAUUUGCAUUUCAUUAAUUAUCAGUGAUCGGCACUGACGGUGCCACACCUCGGGAUUCCAAGAAGAAAUCAUUAUAUAGACAUGACUCAAAUGCCGCGAUCUUGUUCUAAAAAGUAAUUCUGUUGAGUGUUAUUUCAAAUAAUGAUUUUUUUUUUUAGUUUUUGUGUGCCCGCAGUGUCCGUGUUGAUCACUGUUGAUUAUCUUUCCAUGUGAGAGGAUAGAUCUAUAGUAUAUUAAUAAUUAUGUUUAGAGUUGUGCUGUUCUCUGGAAUAUUUCCCAUUUUAUACGGAAAACAUUGUUAAUCAUGAAUUUUAUCAUACAAAAUUGAGUAUUCUUGAGAAUGGGACAAUUCUAAUUAUGUUAGUUCAAGUAGUAAAAAUUCUUAAUAAAUAUGUAAUCUUUACCAUGAAGUUCACAAAAAUGUUUCGAACAACAUUUAGUAUGGUUUUGUAACCAAUUUCUAUUUGCACUCCGGGUUCUCCUCUUUAUUAUAUAAUUACCAAAUGACAUGUAAACAUUUAUUAUCUAUUAUAUGCUGUCUUAUGUACUUUUUAUGUAGUAAAUCAUUUUAUAAUAUUAAAGUUUUAAAUCAUCAUCAGUUGUUAUCUGUUAGCUUUGUCAUGAACUUACACAAUGCUAAACUCAGGGCCAACUUGGCUUCUUUGAGAACCUGGUUUAAUACCGUAAUAUGGAUGUAAAAAGUUGUAUCUGUGUGUGUGAAUUGCUUGAAAUUAGUUUCUUUGGCUAAUGAAAUGAAAUACUGGUUUUAGACUUAGGGCAUACAAUAUCUAGGUAAUUUUAUAAAUUUGUAUAUACAGACAGAUAAUAAUAAUGAAAGUGAGUGAUGGCAUGUAAUUCAUUUCAAUGCAUUAAUUUAUGGCAGCAAAACACUUCAAUUAUUAACUGCAAUAAUACUUCACUAAUCUACUUAAACAAUAAUGUAUUUGUUUUGGGUCUCAUGACUAUUGUAUUAUGUAUGGUAUAGAUUGAAUUGAAUAGAUAAUUAAUGAAAUAAAUUAGUAUUUUACAAA